GUAGUUUUUCAUUCGUCUGAUUAAUUGACGUGUCGAGUCAUGACGUCAGAAAACAAGUGCGCACUCUGUUAUUAUCUUGUAAUUCGUGCCCAUUGGCGUGUAAGGAGCGCAAACUUCAGAGAUAUUGGGUGAAGUCCCGGCUAGCGUUUUGUCUCGUUGGCUCGUUGGUGUUGUGACGUUACAUCAAAUGAGUAAAUUUUCGUCAUUCCAUUAUUUAUUCGUACGGUGCGAGCCUGUAUCGGGCGUUGUCGUCUACUCUCGGAGUGUUUCUAUAACGAAUAUCUAAAUCGGCGAUUUGUACUGCGCAAGCAGUAGCCGUCGAAAUUCAAACGUUUGACGAUUUCCAAUUCUUUCCAGUUCUUGACGAUGAGUCGUCAUCGGACCAUGGACACGGAUAUGGAUUUAUUAUUUUUUACCUCCUUAGAUGAAGCCACGAGGGCAUGGCUGGAUAAUCUGAACAAAAUGUGGGCACUAUGGAAGAAAUGCGAUAGCGUUACCAAUAUGCUGACGGAUUAUUUCGAAACGGCACCGAAUCCUUAUCUCAGCACGCUCAGAAUUCUUGUCAGUACCAAUGAUUUUGGCUACAUGACCAACAGCAAGACGCUGGCAUAUACAGUUACGGAAGAGUUUGCAACUUGGAUAGAGGAUAGAAAAGAGGGAUACAAGGAAUUUUUGGUUCCUGAUUUAAAGUUAGCAGUCUUUAAAUUGGUGAAACAGAAACAUGUGAAACAAAUGCAGUUGAUUAAAAUACUAUUCAAUACAUACGAUUUAAUGGCAGACAAGGAUAUGUUUCUCCAAAUAAUACAGGAAAUAAUAGAAAAGAAAAACUAUAAGGAAGCUGCACAGUACACUGCGAUGUUACAAUUGCAAAGUCAUUUUAUGGAUCCGGAGUUGUUGUUGUUGCCGCUUAUAUUGCAAAAUAAGUUGCAAGUGGUGGAUGAACUUUUAGCUGGCAAUCCAGACAUUCAGAAAGCACUGGUAACUUAUUUAGAUAAUUUGAUAGCACCAGGAGGAAAUGCUUCCAUAAAACUAAAUCAAUUUAUAUACGAGAACGAUUUGCCGGAUGUUAACAUGUCAUUAACGCAAUCUCGGCCAAUAACCAAGCUUGUCGCACGUCUCAUAAAGCAGUACAAUCUAUCACCCGACAUGUGCCCACACUUGAAUACAAAACGAAGUGAGGGAGCACUGCAAUUUCUUAUACAUAAGCGUUACGUGGACGGUAGUUUAAGUGUUGCCAGUUGGAGAGAGAUGGUGAGGGAGGCAGUGGGAGAUGAUGCCAAGCUGCAAGCGGAUUUGCUCGUGAUGUUGGUUAACGCCAGCGAUGUGCAAGAGGGCUUGUACUGGGCGAAAGAAUAUAAUAUACCUAAAGAGAAGUGGCCGUGGGCUAUUGCACAUACGGAGGAACAGAAUAGACAAAGGAUAAAUGACGGUGCUUCCACAAGUAGAGACGAAGAGUGGGAACUGAGCGAAGAAGCCAAUGAAGAUAACGUAAAUUAUCACGGUUUAAAGUUGCCCCGAGAGCGCAUUAAAGUGGUAGAUAACAGGCAGUUGUUUGAAGAGUUUCUUGAUAAUGUGUUCAAAAAUGUUACCAUGGUUGGAAUUGACUUGGAAUGGAAGCCUAGUUUUGGAACCAAACAGUCCGAAUUGGCACUUAUACAGAUAGCCACUGAAGAUGACGUUUACAUCUUGGAUGUGACUACUCUUGGCAGUGAAUUACGUGAUCUUUGGGGCGAGUUUGGUCUCGUACUACUCGGAAAUAAAGAUAUUCUCAAGAUUGGAUUUGGAAUAGCGCACGACAUGACGGUGAUACGCAACAGUUUGCCCGUCUUGUCGUCUAUUAAGACACAUGGCCAAGGAUACAUCGACUUGAUGUUCUUGUGGAGUAAAUUGGAAGAAGAGUAUUCUUUCGUUUUCCCGUACAAAGGUGACUCGAGUUUCACGAGCAGAAGUUUAAGUAAGCUCGUAGAGCUGUGUUUCGGGCAGAGACUCAACAAAUCUGACCAGUUUUCAAACUGGGAGCUGAGACCGUUGAGGGAAAGUCAAAUAAUAUACGCCGCGUUGGACGCAUAUUGUUUACUGGAAAUAUAUAAUGUGCUGGCGGAGUGUUCAGCAAACAUGGAUAUACCGUUUGACGAUAUUUGCGCGGAAGUACAGUUUAUUCCACAGAAAUAUGCAAAGACAAAUGCAAAUAAACCUGCAUACAAGAAACCUCUCUAUUCGAAUCCAACAACCCCUAAUAGAGCCAACGAGAGUUACAGGGUCAAUGCAAACGCGUCGGCGAAGUACGAAGCGGCGCCUCGACAGAGGCCUGCGCAAAAAUACGGGUACUACGGCAGUAAAGAGAGGAAUCAAAAUCAAGCGAAAGUUGGAAGUAUUGGGAUUAUUGAUAUAGUUAGCGAUGGGAGGCAAGACAACCAAAGAAGAUAUGACAAUCAUAAUAAUUACAAUCAAAGUAGCACGCACUGCGGAUCAAGCAAGGCGACCAACGACAGAAAAUAUAAUCAGAGGAGAUAUCAAGAUAAUCAAGAUAAUUACAACAGAUAUGAUAAUCAGAACAAAUACGGUAAUAAAAAUAGAAGGGAGAAUCAUUACAAGUAUGACAAACAAGGCAGAUGGGAGGAUGGUCAGAACAGACGAGACUCGCAAAAUAGGCAAGACGAUGCUCCAAAUAGACGAGAUUUUCAAGGCAGGCAGAACGGUAUGAACCGGCCAUUAUCGGUACAGCGAAAUCUUGAGAAUCCAGUCGUCGCGCACACGUGGCGCGUCGUGUGUGACUCGAUGUUGGGUGGUCUGAGCAGCAAGCUACGAAUGUGCGGUGUGGACUGCGUGCACGUGUUAUUCGAUCAAGGUGGAGACGACUCGGCUAAACUGGCGAUGCGCGAAAACAGGGUGUUACUGACGCGUAACAAAAACUAUGAAAAAUUCAGACAAUACCUACCGCCGGAGAAUUGCUACAGAAUAACAGCUGACACACCUGACAACCAGUUGCGCGAGGUUUUAAGUUACUUCGGCGUAAUGGUCACGCAGAACGAUAUCUUCAGCAGAUGCCAAAUAUGCAAUUGCGACGAGUUCGUGAAGGUCCCGAAGGAACUGAUGGAUGAUCUUGUGCAAAGCUUCGUGAAAAUUAUCAGAAAGAACAAUUAUCGAGUGUUACCUAAUCAAUCGAACGUUAAUGUGGACAAUGACGAUUCGAACGACGACCUCGCAUUCGUUCGGAAUCCGAACAACUACUUCACGAACAGCGAACACCGUACGUGGCGUCUAUCCAUGGAUACCAUCGACGUCUCAUCGUGUACGACCAGGUAUCAGGUGCGGGUACAAAUCGACAAAGUUCCGCUGAAGGUACUAAAGAACGUACGAGUGUUUUACAUUUGCGAGCACUGCGGGAAGAUAUACUGGGACGGCUCGCAUUUAGAGCGUGCUCUCAACGGCGUUAUUAAAGAUUUACUUGUUAAGCAGUAAGUAUUAAGUGCGAGAUAAAAGAUAUCGAAGAUAUACUCAGAGAAUUGAGCAUAGCACAAAAUAAGAAUCAAAAUCGUCCUUCGAAACUUUGAGUGCAUAACUGUUCCUAGAUUUUCACAGCAUUGCAGCAUGGCGAUGUGACAUUGUCACGCUAAUCAAAAGUAUCUAGCUACUAUAAUCUUCCUAGGAGAUAUCCUGUUGGUAUAUUUUUUUUUUGACGGUAUCGUUUUUCGUCAUCCUAUUCAGUUUAUCUACAUAUUAUUACCGUAGUCCUAUAAAAUCGAUAAAGUUGAUUUUAGUCAUAUUGAUUACAUUAUAAUACAAUCGAGUGGUAGUAUAAUCAAGAUGCCAUUGAUUUUUUUAAGUGACACGAUUGUUAAUAUAAUUGUUGCCAUUGAUUGACUCCUAUUGACACAGAUUGUUAAAUCGUUUGUAAACUUUAUAUUAGAAUUUCUAUUUUUCUUCAAUUGAUUAAUCGAGAGAUUCGCGGGAGACUUUUAAGAUACAGAUCGGUUAACAAUGACAAAGGACCACAAACGAGCGUCUUGCACAAGACAAGAUGUAAUUUCUGAUACAUAAUUGCAUGCUAGAGAUUGCCUGUAAUAUCACACGUGUAUAAGGACGAAUCAAACGUGCAAUGUAAGUCAAGUAUCGAAUGUAUCUACUUUAUUACAUAUUUAUAUUCUUGCAACUAUUUCUCGUUACUUUUUGACACAAAAAUGCCCGUUAGAGUACAAGAUGUUAUCUUGAUUUUUCAAAGUGUAUUUCAGUUAUACACUUGAUAUAUACAUAUAUUUUAUAUAUAUAUAUAUAUAUAUAUAUGUAUAUGUAUAUGUACAUAUUAUAUUUACAUAGAAGAAUAUGCAUAACUAUUUUUUAUCGAGGAAACAACAUUAAAGAAACUUUAUUAGGAAAAACGGUAUUAAAAUAGAAAACAUUUUAAUAACUGUGAGGCAUUCUAGAUUUAACAGUUUCUAAUCCCACAUUUCAUAUGUUUUUUCACACGAUUAUGCUGUAGCGACACUUUGUUUCUACCUAAAUAUUGAAAUAAAAAUGAAACUCUUCCA